AUGGCGGCGGCGAAGGUUAAGUCAAUAUUUAUAUACCCAAUAAAAUCAUGCGCCGGAAUUUCUGUUUCUCAGGCAUCCAUCACUUCCACUGGAUUUCGGUGGGAUAGACAAUGGAUAGUAGUGAAUUCCAAAGGCAGGGCAUAUACUCAAAGAGUGGAACCAAAGCUUGCUCUGGUUCGAGUGGAGCUGCCUAAUGAGGCAUUUUUCGAUGAUUGGGAACCAAAUAAGAGCUCAUAUUUAGUGAUAAGGGCUCCUGCUAUGGAUGUGCUGAAGGUCCCAUUGAUUAAACCACCUGAAACAGCCGAUGGCGUUUCUGUGUGGGAGUGGAGUGGUUCUGCAUUGGAUGAAGGAGACGAUGCAUCAAAAUGGUUCUCGAAUUAUCUUGGGAAACCCAGCAGGCUAGUGCGUUUUAAUGAAGCAACUGAGAUUAGGGAUGUGGAUCCUAAUUAUGCCCGCGGUUAUAAAGUUAUGUUUUCGGACCAGUAUCCAUUCCUCUUGCUAUCUCAGGAAUCAUUGGACGCGUUAAAUGCUCUUCUCAAGGAGCCUCUGCCUGUCAAUCGGUUCAGACCCAAUAUCCUUGUUAAUGGUUGUGAACCCUUUUCCGAGGAUUUAUGGACAGAGAUCAAGAUCAAUAAUUUAACAUUCCAUGGUGUCAAACUAUGCUCUCGUUGUAAGGUACCCACAAUUAAUCAAGAAAGUGCGGUAGCAGGCUCUGAGCCUACCGAAACUCUUAUGAACUUCCGUUCUGAUAAAAUCUUGCGUCCGAACAAGAAACAGCAGGGGAAGGUAUAUUUUGGACAAAACAUGGUUUGUAUUGAUUCCCUAACUCAAGGAAAGAAGAAGAGCAUUAAAGUGGGAGAUCCUGUAAAUGUAUUCAAAAUGGUGUCUUCACCUGCAGAUGCACCGGCUUGA